ACUCUUAUUCAAAGUAAUUUCAAGGUUAAUUUUAUUCAUGAAAAUGUUCAGGUCUGAAAGGACAUAUUGAAUUUCUCAUGUCAUUUGCAUUCACACAGUAGGCUAGUUUGUUUUCAAACACAAACCGUUUGAAGUACAAAUGAGGCAUGAUGAAAGUGAUCCCUCAUUCUAUUCUUCCCUGUUUGCAUGAUGUCUUCUUAUUUUUAGAAUGGACUGUCUCUUUUUGAAGGGAGGCAAGGAGAAGUUUGAAGGAGAGAGAGAGAGGGGGGAACUGUGUUUUUGGAGCAAACACGGUCAUGUAAUCCAGUCUUUGGCUUGUGGGCGUUUCAUUGUGGUCCAAGAUGGUAAAUUGGUGAGCAGUGGAGCGAGGAGCACCAAUCGGGUAUUGUUAGAGCCAUUGUGCUAGCUGAUGGGGCCUACGGUUUCUCACCCCUUCAGACUAUUGGCUCCCUGAUUAUUAACCUCAAACGUGUUUGUCUUUUGGCUGCACUUCCUGGCGAGUGUGUAGGAAACCCUCUUCUCUAUUUUUACCCACUCUCACAAUUUUAUUUCAAUUUACUGUGGUGCUCGAUCCAGCUCCUUGAAUUGGUAUUCUUGGUAUUGUGUAGAUAGAGAAAGUGUUUUUCGUCUCCUUCGCUACUGGAUCAUUGACUAGUUGCAUGUUUGUUCUACAGUUCACCAAUGUGAAGGCAACCUUAAUACUUGAUCUCUGCUGACUUUUAUCAUCAUCCCAUGUGAUUGAUCCUCCAAACACUUUGGAGCAAGGACUCAAACAAAACAUUUGACAUUGUAAACCAGCUAUUGAAGCGACAGCCUAAAUGGUGCCACAAACAACAAAUCUGCUUGACUAUGGUGCCUGCUGCUCUGUAUGCGUUUCAUGCUAUGGAGAAAAGCUCAAUGGAGCCAUUAUAUCGUAAAAACUAUUAUGUCUUGUGGAAAUGUUCGCUCUUUUGUGAGAGAAUAAUGCUCAAGUUCGUCAUCAGCAAGCCAGCACCUUUUAAAUAUUCCUUGAAGCUUGAGAACAUCCCCAAUGGGUCCAUCACCAAGAAGCUCCCUCAGCCCCCCACCACACCCACCAGUGACAUCCAGACUCCGGAGUCCACCGCCAAGAGCAGUAUCGCUUCCAACCGCUCCAAGAGUCCCACGUCCAGUGCUGAGCUGUCCAAGACAAAUUCAUCUACCCGAUCCGCUUCAGAAUCCAACUACAAUGGUAACAACAAUGCUGAGAUUGCAUAUGAGGAUGACAUUGGCCAGGGGCAAGAGGAUGCAGCAUCCUCAAGAACAUUGGAUGUGCAGAGGCCAUCACCGUUUGAUAGACUCACGGAUAGCAUCAUCACUAAUAUGUUUUCAUACCUAUCCACAAAACAAUUAUGCCGCUGCUCUUGUGUGAGCAGGAGAUGGCAUAGGUUAGCAUGGCAGCCUACGCUAUGGACUACAAUACAGCUCUCCGGGAGAAGGCUGGAUGUUAAUUUCGCGUUGAAAGUGCUUGUGAAGCGGUUAUCGCGAGAAACGCCGUACCUCUGCCUGUCGGUGGAGAGACUUUUCUUGAAUGGGUGCCAUAGACUGUCUGACAAGGCCCUGGAACUCGUAGCUCAUAGGUGCCCGGAGCUUCUUCAUGUCGAAUUGAUGGGAUGCCACCAGAUCAGUAAUGCUGCCAUCUUUCAAAUCGUCUCCAGGUGCCCUAACUUGGAUUACCUGGACAUCUCUGGUUGUAAGCAAGUAGACUGUAUGAACCUUCCUGUGGAGCCUGCCUACUCAGAUCCCAAGGAUUUCUUAAAGCAGCGGAUCAAUCUACGCCAUCUGGACAUGUCUGACUGUUCUCUGCUGGAUGACAACGGGCUUCGGACGAUAGCCACCAACUGUCCGACUCUGGUCAACCUUUAUCUCCGAAGGUGCGUCGGAGUGACUGAUAUCGGUGUGCAAUAUGUAACCACUCAGUGUCUCAUGCUAAAAGAAGUCUCUCUCAGUGACUGUCCGCGAGUCACUGACUGCGCCAUGAGGGAACUUGCCAAGCUGGAGUACCAUCUGAGGUACCUCAGUGUGGCUAAAUGUGAACUCAUCACAGACAUGGGUGUGUAUGCCAUAGCCAAGCAUUGCUACAAGUUACGUUACCUGAAUGUCAGGGGAUGCGUAUUGGUGUCCGACAAAUCCCUGGAGGCCCUGUCGAGAGGGUGCCCAAGACUCAGAUCGCUGGAUGUUGGCAAAUGUCCGCUGAUCACGGAUCAUGGCUUGGUAUCCAUAGCAACAAACUGUCAGAGCUUGAGGAAGUUAAGUCUGAAAGGCUGCUUACAUGUGACUGAUCAGGUGAUCGAGGUCUUAGCGCAAGUCUGUCCUGAUCUUCAGCAGCUGAAUAUUCAGGAUUGUGAUGAGGUGUCCAGAGAGGCUUAUAGACUACUCAAGCGAUGCUGUCGCAAGUGUAUCAUAGAGCAUACCAAUCCAGCUUUCUAUUAAUACCUUCCUAUCGUCCUUGUGAAGUUCUUACUUAAGCAAAUAUCUUGAAGUAUUGUUAAACUUAUCACACCACUCUCAUUUCUUCUUUGCCAAAAUAUAAUUUGAAAGGUCCGUUGUUUACUAGAGGUAUAAUGUUUCAAUAAUAAAUUUGGCAUUGGUUCGGCUACCUA